AUGGUCAGUGACUAUGCUUGUUUGGGUCUGGAUCAGGCCGGGGUGGAGGAGGGGGUCCUGUGGGUCUGGAUCAGGCCGGGGUGGAGGAGGGGGGUCCUGUGGGUCUGGAUCUGGAUCAGGCCGGGGUGGAGGAGGGGGGGUCCUGUGGGUCUGGAUCUGGAUCAGGCCAGGGUGGAGGAGGGGGGGUCCUGUGGGUCUGGAUCAGGCCGGGGGUGGAGGAGGGGGGGUCCUGUGGGUCUGGAUCUGGAUCAGGCCGGGGUGGAGGAGGGGGGGUCCUGUGGGUCUGGAUCUGGAUCAGGCCAGGGUGGGAGGAGGGGGGGUCCUGUGGGUCUGGAUCAGGCCGGGGUGGAGGAGGGGGGUCCUGUGGGUCUGGAUCUGGAUCAGGCCGGGGUGGAGGAGGGGGUCCUGUGGGUCUGGAUCAGGCCGGGGUGGAGGAGGGGGGUUCCUGUGGGUCUGGAUCAGGCUGGGGUGGGGGAGGGGGGUCCUGUGGGUCUGGAUCAGGCUGGGGUGGGGGGAGGGGGGUCCUGUGGGUCUGGAUCAGGCUGGGGUGGGGGAGGGGGGUCCUGUGGGUCUGGAUCAGGCUGGGGUGGGGGAGGGGGGUCCUGUGGGUCUGGAUCAGGCCGGGGUGGAGGAGGGGGUCCUGUGGGUCUGGAUCAGGCCGGGGUGGAGGAGGGGGGAGGUUCCUUGGGCAGCCACGACAGCCUGUACAUAUUUCAUGCUGCCACUUUUCAUAAGAGCCUUCUCCUGAUGGGGGAGUGUAGUGCUGAUGACUUCACAUGCUCCGAGCGGCCUGCCCCCCGCUGCUCUAGGCCUCUGUGA